UGUCUUAGACUCGCACUGUACUCUGGGAAUUUUUAGUUCGAACUAUUAUGUUACGUGCAUGCCUAUUAUAAGGAAUUUAUAUUAGAUAUAAAUGAAUUAUCGCAUCAUUUAUUUAUACAGCAAGUCAGUGCAUGACCCUAACAAUAAUAGUACUCCUGUUUUAAAAGUUUUCAACUUUAUAUAGAGCCAGCCUGCCUGAUUGAAACUCGACUACAUUGUUUUGUUUUUGUGUCAUUUCUGUUGAUUUGGUCUCAUCAUUCCAGCAUGACCUCGGCUUCCACGAAGGUGGGCGAGAUCUUCUCGGCAGCAGGCGCUGCAUUCACCAAACUGGGCGAACUGACCAUGCAGCUGCAUCCAGUGGCAGACUCCUCUCCAGCAGGUGCCAAAUGGACCGACACAGAGAUUGAGAUGCUGCGUUCUGCAGUUCGGCGCUUUGGUGAUGAUUUGAACAGCAUCAGCUCUGUCAUAAAGGAGCGUACUGUUGCCCAAAUUAAGACCACGGUGAAAAGGAAGCUGUAUGAGGACAGCAGGGUCCCACUCACUUCAGAGUCCCCUAAAAAAACAAUGAAGAAAACCACUGUGACGCUACCACCUCCUCCAGCAUCAGUGGCCCCCACAGUUAUCUCUGUGCCAACCUCUCAGGUUGUCGUGACAACAGGAUUGCAGAGUACUCCGUCUUUACCACCAGCAAUUAAGAACCCUAAACCAGCAGAUGUUACUCUGAGUGCUCUGAAUGACUCUGAUGUGAACAGCGAUUUGGUGGAUAUCGAGGGGCUUGGAGAGGGCUCCACAAAGAAACCAAACUUUGACCAGGAGAGCUUGAAUCUGGAUUCCAGUCUGAUAAUGAACUCCAGUGAUCUGCCCCUCCUGUCACGCUGACCCACAGCUGUCAGUCAUGUUUAUGUUCAGGGCAAAGGCGCAUCAAAAAAUUAUUAAGAACAGCUCAAGUGAAGAAGCAGCAGUUUGAUCAUAUGCUGGUGAAAAUGCUUUUUAUGAAACUGUAAAUGUUGCUGUUGGCACCUCUUACCCCUUUUCCACUGUGGGUCUUAAGAGCACCAGACCAAACCUGAACUAGAUCACUAAAAUGACUGUUUCCAUUUACUGAAAUAUACUUUUACUCAAUGAAAUAACUUCCUCAGCUCUUAUGAUAUGGCAAAAAUGGAGCAUAACAGUCAGAAUUUGAUGGAAAAAAUGUGAAAAGUGAACGGUUUAAUUUGAACCUAUGGAAAAAAAGUAGCUGGUUUAUAUAAUGCGGUAAAAGGUUUACAGGACCGUGGUGCAGUGGUCAAACAGAUGUACUCCUGUACUUGUAAGCUUGUUUUUAACUUUUUUUUUUUUUUUUUUUUUACAGGCCUAUUUGGAUAAAAGUAAACCUUUCUUGGUUAAUGGAAUAGUUCACCUAAAAACGAAUCACCUUUGUGCCAUCCUGGAUUUUUAUGACGUUCUUCCUUCUGUUGAACGCAAACGAAGGUUUUUAGAAGAAUAUUUCAGCUCUGCAGGUCCAUCCAAUGCAAUUGAAUGGUGGCCAGAACUUUAAAGCUCCAAAAAGCACAUAAAGGCCACAUUAAAGUAAACUCCAGUUGUUUAAUCCAUGUCUUCUGAAGCAAUAUGAUUUAUGUGGGUGAGAAACGGAUCAAUAUUAAAUAAAUUGUUAUCAUAAAUUCUCCUCCCUGCUCAGUAGGUGGCGAUAUGCAUGAAGAAUGCAAAUCACCAACAACAAAAGAAGAAUGUAAAAGUGGAGAGUGACAGUAAACUGAACUGUUUCUCACCAACACCUAUCAUAUAGCUUCUAAAUAUAUAGAUUUACCACUGGAUUACUUUAAUGCUGUGUUUAUGUGCAUUUUGGAGCUUCAGAAUUUUGGCACCCAUUCACUUGCAUUGUGAGGACCUACAGAGCUGAAAUACUCUUAUAGAAAUCUUUGUUCCUGUUCUGCUGAAGAAAGUCAUACACAUCUGGGAUGGCAUGAGGGUGAGUAAAUGAUGAGAGAAUUUUCAUUUUUGGGUGAACUAUCCCUUUAAGAGAUGCUGAUUGUAGGGAAAUAUGGCAACAUGCAAGCAAAAAUAGUUACGGAAGAAGUGUUAUUUUCUUUCACUGCCACUGUAUGUUAAGUGCAGCUUUUAAUGUAUGUAUGUAUGUAUGUAGUGUAGUAAAUAGGAUGAUGUAUAUAUAUUAUUUUUAACUGAUGGCUAUUAAACAGGUCAUUUCAACUGAAAACACACAAUGUUGCAUCUGGUUCUACUUAAAUUACAAAUGUAGAU